UGAUCUGCCGGUGUGGCUUGCUCCCGUGAUGCCGGCCGGGGCUGGGCGCUCGCCUCCCCGAGGCGUUGGCGCCGGGCUGUGCUUGGCAGAUGGGGAUGCGGGGUCCUCCGGGACUUACGCCUCCGGCCGGGACGCGGGGGCUCGUUCCCGGCUCCACCCCGUCAUGUGGUCGCCUGGCUCCGCCUCUGCCCCAGUUCCUGUUCCGAUCGCGGCCGUCCCGCUCCGGCCAUCGGGGCUGCCCCAGACGCCGGCGGGGCCGCGUCCUGCCGGCCGUGCCACUGCGUUCCCGCCGGGGAAUGGGGCCAAUCCCCAGGCUUGGGCCGAAUCUCCCGGGUACCCGCGGUGCUGCGGUCCCACUGUGACCAUCCGCAGAAUGAGGGGCGGCGAGGGGGACGCGGCCGAGCAGGCCCCGCUGAACCCUGAGGUCGAGAGCCCCGCGGGUUCGGCCACGUACCGGGAGUUCGUGCACCGCGGCUACCUGGACCUCAUGGGGGCCAGUCAGCACUCGCUGCGGGCGCUCAGCUGGCGCCGCCUCUACCUCAGCCGGGCCAAGCUCAAGGCCUCCAGCCGCACGUCCGCCCUGCUGUCGGGCUUCGCCAUGGUGGCCAUGGUGGAGGUGCAGCUGGAGAACGACCAUGAGUACCCACCGGGCCUGCUGGUGGCCUUCAGUGCCUGCACCACCGUGCUCGUGGCCGUGCACCUCUUUGCACUCAUGGUCUCCACGUGUCUACUGCCCCACAUUGAAGCUGUGAGCAACAUCCACAACCUCAAUUCUGUCCACCAGUCCCCACACCAGCGGCUCCACCGCUACGUGGAGCUGGCCUGGGGCUUCUCCACGGCCUUGGGCACUUUUCUCUUCCUGGCUGAAGUUGUCCUGGUGGGCUGGGUCAAAUUUGUGCCCAUUGGGGCCCCCUUAGACACACCAGCCCCUGUGAUACCUCCUCCGUCCCAGGUGCCUGGGACUCUGUCACCAGCGGCUACCUCCCUUGGUCCAGCUUCUAACCUCCCACCAUCCUCUGCUUCUGUAGCCCCAUCACAGGCUAAGCCUUCCGGGGCCUGCCCGCCCCGGCAAACGUGCGGUGGUGAUGGGACCCAUGGGCCAGGCUGGCAAGCAGCAAUGGCUUCCACAGCAAUCAUGGUACCUGUAGGACUUGUGUUUGUGGCCUUUGCCCUGCAUUUCUACCGCUCCUUGGUCACCCACAAGACAGACCGCCACAAGCAGGAGCUAGAAGAGCUGAGUCGCCUGCAGGGGGAGCUGCAGGCUGUUUGAGCCCGCCCUUAGCUUCUGCUGUCAGCACUGCCUCCCUCAGGGGUCUGCUAGAGGCCCCAGGAGCCUGCAGACCUCAUUCCCCAGCCCUGGCUGGAGCCACCUCCUGCGGCCACUCAGGCAGGGACCAGGUUCCUGCCCAUAGGGUCGCACAUUCCCAGGGGUUGGCCCUGUCAGUUGUUCCAUGGGUUUUGCGAGCUCUCCACCUGGGCUAGGGGACAGUGGAACUUCCUUACUCCAAGGAUGCUUGGGUAGAUGGAGGGGAGGUGGGGGAAGCCCUGUGUUAUCUCUGGAGUGGACCCCCAGCUGCUUGUCCCUUUAUAGGAUGUGGAGGUCAGAUGGUUACAUGCCCACACACUUGCCUCCUGCUGUCAACCCUAGAAUAGAAUCUACUUCAUGGUUCGCAUUUUGGAGCAAGGUUUUCCCUAUCCCCAAACUUUGAUGGGUUCCAUAUACUUGCUUUGGUUGCUGCGGGCCUUUGGGUGUUUCUACAACCGUCACAAGUCCAGCCUUUGCUAGGCAAAAACUUCCUGUUGUACGAGAUUCAAGCCAACUCCCCACCGUUGAUGACCUGUGGCCACAUGCACAAGAGGCAGUGCCUGCACCAGUGUCCUAGGCCCACACUUACGCAUUUAUAUCACAGUGGGCCCAGGCUGGGAAUGGGGGCAGGGGUCGUCUUUGAAGACCAAGGACCUGUAUGCAUGGCCUGGCUCAUUAAAAAGGGCUUGGGGAGAAUGUUUUAAGAAAGAAGGUCCAGUCCCCAGCCCUUAGAAGGCAGAGCUCUUCUGACACUGAAUUUUUAUGCACCUUGUUUUGUAUAAUAAAUUGCCUUUCACAGA